AUGAGCUGCAGGUCCCGCUCGGCCCCUCGCUCGCUGCGGUCCUGUCCCAGGCCUGCUGGGGUUUGCAGUAAGCCGGUUGCUGACCGCCCCGUCGGGCCAGACAUGCUACUUAGAGGCUACCGGAGCAAGACCCGGUCCUGUGAAAUGCGGGGCAGCCUCGGGGAUAAGCAAGUGACAUCCCAAAGCAGCCCAGACCCGCGGCAGCAGCGGUGCGGUUUUGGUACAAAUAACUUGCCCUUAAUUGUAGGCAGAUGCGGUCCUGUGCGGAGGGCUGGCCGGCUGCGCAUGCAGGCGACCGGGGCUGCUCAGCACCGGCUCCCUCAGUGGCUCAGGGCAGAAGUAAGCCGCUUUCUUACAGCUCUACUCUGCUGGGCCGAAUCGGAGAAAAGCACUGUGGUAGAAGGAGGGGAAGUUCGCUUUAAUGGGAAAGGGAAAAAAAUCCGCAAACCCAGGACUAUUUAUUCCAGUUUGCAGCUGCAGGCUUUGAACAGGAGGUUCCAGCAAACUCAGUACCUGGCUCUCCCCGAAAGAGCCGAGCUGGCAGCAUCUCUGGGACUCACCCAGACCCAGGUACAGCUCCGAAGGAGCCGGCCCUGUCCUCUCCCUGUCCCCACGCGUGAUGCAGACGGGUCACAACGGCGGCCCGCCUCCGGUAAGGCCUCGUCGGGGACCCCGGGCACCUACAUCCCCAGCUACACGUCGUGGUAUCCUUCGGCUCACCAAGAAGCUAUGCAGCAGCCGCAGCUGAUGUGA